UAGUGGUGGGAUCCUCAUUCGCCGCUCUCCUCUUCCCCAUUUCCUUCCCUUCCUUCCUGCAGCUCAAAACCCUCGUACCGUAAACGCACAUUCUCCGGCCGAACUCGCCGAUCCACCGUCGCGCUUUCAAUAUGUACCGUCUCAGGGCUCUCAAGGGUCGAACAAAGGGAUUGACUAGAUAUGCCAGUACAAGUGCUGUUGCAGCCAAGUCAUCCUCAGGGGGCUUGUUUAGUUGGUUGACGGGUGAGAAGUCAUCUUCGCUUCCACCUCUAGACUUCCCACUGAAAGAUGUUGUUCUCCCCCCUCCACUGCCAGACUUUGUCGAGCCUGGAAAGACCACAAUAACCACUCUUCCAAAUGGACUCAAAAUUGCUUCUGAAACAUCAGCGAACCCUGCAGCUUCAAUUGGGUUAUAUGUCGACUGUGGCUCAAUCUAUGAAACUCCAGAUUCAUAUGGAAUCACCCAUCUAUUAGAGCGAAUGGCUUUCAAAAGUACUACCAACAGGAGCCACUUGCGUAUGGUGCGAGAAAUUGAGGCAAUUGGUGGCAAUGUUACAUCAUCAGUCUCGCGGGAGCAUGUCAGUUAUACCUAUGAUGCACUAAAAUCCUAUGUUCCUCAAAUGGUAGAGCUUCUUAUUGACUCUGUUAGAAACCCUGCAUUUUUGGAUUGGGAAGUCAGCGAACAGCUCAAAAAGUUGAGUGCUGAGAUUAGUGAAAUCUCCAAAAAUCCUCAGCACAUGCUUCUGGAGGCCAUUCAUUCAACAGGCUAUUCUGGUGCAUAUGCAAAUCCGCUUGUGACUUCAGAUGCUGCACUUAGCAGAUUAAAUAGCAAUAUUUUAGAGGAGUUUGUCGCGGAACACUACACUGCUCCUAGAAUGGUCCUUGCAGCAUCAGGUGUGAACCAUGAUGAACUUUUAGAACAUGUAGAGCCACUUCUAGCCGAUAUGCCUAAAGUUUCUCGACCACAAGAGCCAAAGCCAAUUUACACAGGAGGUGAUUAUCGCCAUCAGGGCGAUGCAGGGAUAACUCAUUUCGCACUUGCCUUUGAACUUCCCGGUGGCUGGAUUCAGGAAAAGGAUGCCGUCACAUUGACUGUUCUUCAGAUGCUAAUGGGAGGAGGUGGAUCAUUCUCAGCUGGUGGUCCUGGGAAAGGGAUGUACUCUAGACUGUAUCUCCGUGUCCUGAAUGAGUAUCCUCAGAUUCAAUCCUUUUCUGCAUUCAGCAGCAUUUACAAUCAUACUGGAUUAUUUGGGAUUCAAGCUACCACUGGUUCUGAUUUUGCAACAAAUGCCAUUGAUAUAGCUGUUAGAGAACUUCUUGCAGUUGCAUCUUCAGGAGAAGUUGACCAGGUACAGCUAAAUCGUGCAAAGCAAUCGACAAAGUCUGCCAUUUUAAUGAACCUGGAAUCUAGAAUGGUUGUUUCUGAGGACAUAGGCAAACAAAUUUUGACCUAUGGACAGAGGAAGCCCGUGGAGCAUUUCUUGAAGGCUGUUGAUGAAGUUACAGCCCAAGACAUUUCUAAAAUUGUUACUAAGCUUUUGUCCUCUCCCCUCACAAUGGCAUCUUGCGGCGAUGUGCUUCAUCUGCCGAGCUACGAUUCAGUUAACAGAAAAUUCCAUUCCAACUGAAAGUAACGUCGGUUUUGCAUGAGUGGAUGGAUACCUUCCAUCGCAAUGUGCACUUCUUUUUUCAGGGACGCAUGAAAUUUGUUGAGCAGCCUUUUUUUCUUUUUAAUAUCACAGAUGGAAAUAAUGGUGCAAUAAUUUACAAAAUUCUUCGCAUGAUACCUCAAUGCCCGAUUCAUUGUAUGGCUUGUAAUUUUUCCAGAAAGUUCUCUUAAUCCAUUCCAUGCUAAGAAAUUGUGUAAUGUCACAUGCGCAUGCAUGUCCAAUAACUGGCAUUUGAGGUUAGUAGUUGAACGUAAAUUUUGAAUUACGUGAGUUUCAUUAUGCAAUUACAGAACAUAUUGGUAUUUUCCUCUUUUA